UUCAUUAUUUCUGUAAAAGCUUCACACAUCUCUUUUGACUCUCAUGGCUUCAAACAAAGAGUUGAGCUACGAGAUCCCKAAUGUUAUCCGCGUCUACAAAGAUGGAACURUGGAGAGGCUCAUGGUCUCACCUUACGUCUCACCRUCAUUACAAGACCCUAUCAAUGGCAUCUCUUCCAAAGAUAUCGUCAUCUCCCCUCACRUAUCUGCUCGUCUCUACCUCCCAAAACCCACAAAAUCCCAAAAACUYYCCAUCUUCGUCUACAUCCAUGGAGGUGGAUUUGUCAUCGGAUCAGCUUUUACUCUCUUGGAACACAACUAUCUCAACACAAUUGUUUCCCAUAUAAACGYACUCRUAAUCUCAGUGGAAUAUAGAUUAGCCCCAGAGCAUCUUUUACCCACGGCUUAUGAAGAUUGUUGGACUGCACUUCAAUGGGUGGCUUCACAUGCAACCAGCCAUGGAAGAGAUUUGGAAAAUCAAGAGUCUUGGUUGGUUGAAUUUGGCGAUUUUGAAAGACUAUAUAUCGGUGGGGAUAGUGCAGGUGGGAAUAUCGUACAUAACAUGGCUUUGCAAGCUGGGAGGGAAAGCCUGAAUGGUGAUGUGAAAAUCUUAGGUGGGUUUCUUGGUUGUCCUUAUUUUUGGAGUUCAUUGUAUGGAGUUGAGGGUUUGCCUUAUGGGUGUUGGAUGAUGGCACAUCCACAGGCCGAGGGCGGGAUCGAUAGUCCGAUGAUCAAUCCAUUCGUUGGUGGUGGGCGGGGAUUUGCAGCGGAAUAUGGUGUUAAGAAGUUGUUGGUGGUGGCGACGGAGAAGGAUGAGUUGAGGGAAAUUGAUAUAAAAUACUUUGAGGGUGUUAAAGAAAGCGAGUGGGAUGGUGAAGUGGAGUUUGUGGAGAUUGAAGGGGAGAAUCACUGCUUUUAUGUUCUUGAUAGUACUACAGAGAAGGCUAAGAUUGUGAUGGAACGGUUGGCAUCUUUCAUUGUUUGAGAUGAUUGUUUCUAGAAUCAGAUCAAAUUAAUCAUGUAUUAAGAAUGUAAAAGAAUAAGUCUGAACGUUGAUUGUGUGAGUAAGGAAUUAAUAUUAAAUGUCUAUGAAAGUUAUUCGGUCGGUUUAUUUGGUUUUUAA